AUGGCCGAUGAGAAGAUGGAGAUGAAUGAAGUGGGGACGUCCCUGGUGUCUUCAGAGCCUAAACCUCCUCCAGUCAAACCUCCUAACAAAUAUGAAAGGGUGUUCCAGCCCUGCCUGGCUGAGGUGGUGGGUACUGCGUUCUUUGUGUUCAUCGGUUGUGUGUCCGUCAUUGAGAACGUGGACAAUGCAGGGAGGCUUCAGCCAGCGCUGGUUCACGGUCUGAUGGUGGCCAUCAUGGUGGCCUGCAUGGCUGAGAUCAGUGGCUCUCAUUUUAAUCCUCCGUUCACCCUGGCCAUCUUCCUGUGUGGGGCGAUGGAGAUGCAGAUGGUGAUUCCAUACCUUGCGUGUCAGCUCCUCGGAGGCGUCCUUGGAGCAGCAAUGGCAAAGCUGAUGACUUCAUCAGAGAAAUAUGCCAAGGCCAACGGGGCUGCGUUUGAUGUGCUGGAUUCCAACGCUCCCAUCGGGGGAGCUCUGUUUGGAGAGAUCGCCAUGACCUGCCUGAUCACCAUGGUGGUGCUGCUGGGGGCCAUCAACCAUAAGACCAGGAGCCCCAUGGCACCGUUUCUGGUGGGCUGUACUGUCAUCUGCAACAUCCUGGCAGGCGGUGACGUAUCUGGUACAUGCCUCAACCCAGCCAGAGCCUUUGGUCCAGCCAUAGUGAGCAACUACUGGACUAAUCACUGGAUCUACUGGGUGGGACCCAUCGCAGGGGGUCUGGUGGCAGCUGCACUGGUCCGACUCAUCCUUGGAGACAGGAAGAUUCGACUCAUUCUGAAAUCAUGA